AACAAUAAACCCUUUAUGUGGCCGUAAUGUAGUUAACAGGCUAACGCCGGAUUCUGGUUAGAAUUUUAUGAAAAUAUUUACUAUAAUUCUUACUUUUAGCUGCUAUUUUAACAUAAAUUUGACUGAACUGUGAGAGAAAAAACAUAAUGGAUGUACUUUCAAGUGAAAAAUAUUUGAUAGCACGCGCCAAACAGACUUCUGAUCCAUACACGGCGAAGGCUUGGAUCAUUGCCGCCAAGACACUGUUUCCGAAUGAUUUUGGUGUCCAGUUUGAGGCAUAUGAAAUCGAGAAGAACGGCAAAAAUUUUGAGGAAGCUGCCAAAUGUUUGAGCUAUAUUAUAAUGACGUUCCAAAAUGCUCAUCAAACGCCGGCUAGCUUGUUGAAUGAAAUUUCCUUGAUGACUGCCGCCUUGCGUGUGCCAGAAGGGACGACAACCCCGGAGCAGGAGUUCUACGUGAAAAUGUUCCAGUAUAUCUCGUAUGAGGUGCAACAUAAGAUUCUCCUGCUUACGGCUGCUCAUUCCAACAACAAUCUGGACCAUUGUAGAUUGAUACUGCUCCUGUUGAAGCGUUUUCCUCAAGCCAUUUCCACGCAUGCUCCUCGCUUAGUAGAUACUCUAGUGCAGAACAUCGCCAUUCCUAGCUUCAAGGAGAUGCUAGUUCAGGAAGCCAUUCCGUUGAUAUUCAAUCGUCCUCCAGAUUUACCCAACAAAUUGGUGCAUCAGAUCAUGGCUAUUUGUUUCGAGUACUAUCUUAAUCAGAUGUUAGUAGAUUCUGAAGAUAAAAGUCGCCUGGUUUCCGAAUGCUGGCGUAAAAUCUUCGAAACAAUGGAAUUCUGCGGCAAGAUUCUAAAAUGGGAGCCUUUUGUACCGUACAAGAAGGGCUGGAGUAAGGACAUCUAUUGGCAGAAGAUUAUACAGAUAGUGCAGUCGGCACCGCCACGCCCCUCGGAGAAUAAACAAAUUCUGUUUUGUGCGACGAUUGUGUUUGUGCUUUCUCUUCAAGAGUACAUCAAUUUUUCGCAUCUCAAAAGCAAAGAUGGAGAAAUUGAGGUAGUUUUGGUUGAUGGUUUGAAGGAUCUUAAACUAGAUUUAAAGCGGAGACAGCUCGAACCAGUUCUAGAAAUUCCGCAGGUGGUUGUAAAUGGUCCAGUAAACCCGGAUGCUCCGAACUGUCUUGUUACGUCUUACAACUGCUGGCAACUGUUGCACUCCAAUGAGAUUUUGAAGGCUGACUUUACACAAUUGAUAAUUUGCAUUCCAGCCCUGUCUCUCUGGAUUCAAAAGUUUCUAAUGGAUCUCUCUGUGUACGUGGGACAACACGAGGAGACCCACUCAUUACUGCAAUCGCCUAACGCCCGCAACAUGAGCCAACUGGAAAAAAACGUCCGUCUCUUUGGCUUGGCACUUGCUCAAGGAAACAUAAAUGUGCACUUGUUCGAGCUAAUGAGUAACAUAGUGCAGAACUUACCUACUACAAAUGGUACCUAUUUGCAAAGUAUAUCGCUUUCGCCAGCUUCCAGGGUAUUGAUGCUGAUGCCGCUAACAAAACGUUCUAUUCUUCAUUACAUUGUGCAGAUUCUCAUCACACUGUUAAAAACCAAGCUAGGUGACCCGGACUGUUCCAGUUCGCUGAUGGGGAAUCUUUUGGUACUGUGUCAACUUAACUGGCCACAUGAGUCGACCAUCGUCGAAAUUAUUUUCGAGAUUAUUAAAUCGCGGCGACAGUUUAGCUAUCUGCUUUUUACCAGUUACAUCGUCAAUGUUGAAAUUGUCGAAGAAUUCAUGUACCUAUGGCAGAAGUGUCCCGAAAUAAAGCUGGAGUUUGCUCUUCCGCAGGCUGCGAACAGUUUAACAGCGGCUGGUAGCUCCCGUCGAAUCGGUACCCGUGGGUCGGACCGCGGAGUGAAGGAAGAUUUUAAGCAAGUCAUACGGCAGCAAAUUGCGCGCUGCAAUGAGGAUUUGGACGAUCUGAUAGCCCAGUUUUUACAGCAACAGCAUAUGGCACUACUGCAGAACGUUUUCGAUAGGUGAAAUGUAACUGUGUUUUUCGGUAUUGAUAAUAGUUGGUAGCUUGGCAAUCGUGUAGCACCCUAAUUGCUAGGAAAAUGAGAAAAUAAAAUCUAAACGAUUUAUUGAAUUCUUGGUGAUUAUCACUUC